UCAUAUCAAUUAUUUUUUCAGUGCAAUUCAAUUUUAAUUUCCCUAAAAAGCCUCCUGAGAACCUCCUUCAAUCCCCAUGCCGUGGAAUAUAAUUCAUUGCUGCAAGGAUUCAUUAUGCAAAUUCUGCACAAUCCGAUACGGAUCAGUGCCAAUGACUAUUUCACGCUCAAUUUGAAAUUUGUAAUGGCGAUUGCUGCCAACAUUGUUACCUACAUUGUCAUACUCCUGCAAUUUCGUCAGAACUCCCCAAAUCUAACCAAUGGAAAUCUCAAUAUGACAACGAAUUGUACGAAAGAUUUGUUGUUUUCAAAUUCUACAAAUUUCAAUCGAACCUAUGUGUAUUAGUAAAAAAAACAAUUUGGAAGUACACCAUUAUCUCUUUGCUGGUGGUCCGAAGAUUUUCAAAAUCGUAUGUUAUGAUCAUGCGAGGCAAACAUGUUUUGAUGUUUUUUUUUCGAAAAUAUUAUUGUAGAGAUAACAGAGAUUAGUGUUGUUUUGGUUCAGAUGUUAGUACUUGUGGCAUUUUUGGGGCUCUUGGAUACAAUGGACGAAAAUUAGGCAGAUUUUGGUUGAAUCUGGAAUAAAAAAGAAAUAUCAA